AAAAAAACCUAAUCGGACACCACUUCCGGACUCCAAUAUGACGCCACCGCUUCGGUACCUCUUGGUUGUUCUCGCGCCAAAAAGAAAGCUCCUGAGCAACGAUAGAGUUAGCUUUGGCUUCUUAUCUCGAUCACUACAGCUUAGAAUUCUCUUAUCUAAUAUUCUUUUUAAAAUAAUUAGAGUUUAUAACCGUGUAUAACACUUUUAUGGCUAACAGAGCAAUGAGACGAACACGGAGCAGCAAAAACAAACCCAAGGUGAAGGAAGAGCCGGAGACAGAGUGGGCUUGGCAGGAUGAUGAUGGACAGUGGGUAUUGUACCCCUCGGCAGUGUGUGCUGAGAUCAACGCUGCGUUCCAGGCCGGGAGGAAGUGUGUGUCUCUGUCACUCUGCCCAGGAUAUGACCUGGACCUGGUGAAGAUGACACAGACCAACACUGUGACUAAAUACUGCCGUAAAAUCCACAAGUCAGUGUGUGUGGAUGGAGGUGAGGGGUCAAGUGGUCUCAGGAUUAAAGAGAAAGAGGAGGAGAAGCCCGUCACUAAAAAGAGACGAGGGUUGAAGAAGUGUGAGCCCACUGAGGAACUGGACAGUAAAGAAGUGGUGAAGAUGAUGGUAAUGAAGGGGAAAGCUCCAGUUGAUGCAGAGUGUAAAGCCAAACUGGGGAAGGCUCAUGUCUACAGUGAGGGUAAAGACGUGUAUGAUGUCAUGCUAAACCAGACCAACCUGCAGUUUAACAAUAAUAAGUACUACCUAAUCCAGCUGCUCCAGGACGACCAGGCCCAGGUCUACAGCGUGUGGAUGAGGUGGGGGCGAGUGGGAAAAGUCGGACAGAACAGUUUGGUGUCAUGUGGUGCAGAUCUCGCUAAAGCCAAAGAUGUCUUUAAGAAAAAGUUCUUUGAUAAGACUAAAAACGAGUGGACACAACGAGCAAACUUUGAGAAAGUUCCUGGAAAAUAUGACAUGGUGUUCAUGGACUACAGCUUGAAUGACAAAGAGGAGAGCAUGGCAGUGAUGUCCACUCCUUCUGAGAUGAAACCCUCACAGCUAGAUGACAGACUUCAGGCUCUCAUGGAGCUGAUCUGUGACAUUAAAGCCAUGGAGGAGUGUGUGCUCGAGAUGAAGUUCGACACUAAAAAAGCUCCUCUCGGGAAGCUGACGGUGGAGCAGAUCCGAGCAGGAUACUCCUCUCUGAAGAGAAUUGAACUGUGUCUGAAAAAGAAAAGCAGCAAUAAAGAGCUUCUGGAUGCCUGCAAUCAGUUUUACACUCGCAUACCACACGACUUCGGUUUGCGAACUCCUCCCAUUAUCUGCACGGAGGAGGAGCUGAAGGAGAAAAUCGCUCUGCUUGAGGCUCUGAGUGAUAUAGAGAUAGCAGUGAAGAUGGUACAGUCUGAAUCAAUGAGUGAUGAAAAUCCUCUGGAUAAACACUAUAGGUCUCUGAAGUGUCUCCUCCAGCCUCUUGAAUCACACACACACGAGUACCAGGUGAUUGUGAAAUAUCUGCAGUCGACUCACGCGGUCACUCAUAAUGAUUACACCAUGACUGUGCUGGACAUCUUCAGUGUAGAGCGAGACAGUGAGAAAGACAACUUCCUGUCUCACCUGCACAACAGGACGUUGCUGUGGCAUGGUUCUCGUCUGUCUAACUGGGUCGGGAUUCUCAGUCAGGGUCUCCGAGUCGCACCUCCUGAAGCUCCAGUCACAGGCUACAUGUUUGGUAAAGGGAUUUAUUUUGCCGACAUGUCGUCUAAGAGCGCUAACUACUGUUUCUCCAGUCCGAAGAACAACGUGGGAUUACUUCUACUGAGCGAGGUCGCUCUCGGAAACUGUAACGAGCUUCUGGAUGCUAAUUACGAUGCUGACAAACUGCCUUCUGGGAAACACAGCAUUAAAGGCCUGGGCCAGACUGCCCCUGACCCCAAAAACUCCACCACACUGGACGGUGUGAUGGUUCCCCUGGGUCCCGGAGUGAGAACUGGUGUGGGACACAGUGGAGGAUACACACUCCUAUAUAACGAGUUUGUGGUGUAUAAUCCUGCUCAGAUACGCAUGAAAUACCUGCUGAAGAUCCAGUUUAACUACUCAGCAAUGUGGUGAGAGAGUGUGUGUGUGUGUGUAGAGAAUGUAGAGAAACCAGAACAGAUUUUUUAAUCUCAGUAUAGUUUUGUAGGUUUUGGAUGAAAUUAAACAUUUUUUUUUUAAAUAAACAUUUUCCAGCUCUA